CUCCAUAUGUGGGUUGUGCUUAACCCCUGCGCCACCACAGCCCAACCAGUGUCGUGUAUUUUGUGAUGACCUUAACCAUUUCCUUGGAUUCUGUCUUUUUAGGACCUGAUGUACCAAACGCUAAUGAAAUGGAGCAACGCUCGUGUUCCUGAACUCGAGUGUCUGGAUGAGCGGCUGGUGUGUGUGGCGCUCUCUGGAGCCUCCCUAAACCUCAUCAUGGCCGCCGUAAAAUCAGUGACAAACAUCUCCGCAGUUGUUAGCUUCCUGCCGCUAGCCAACAGGUUGUGCAUCGAGAUGGCUGAAUCCAGAGGAGUAGAGCAGGUGGUGGAGAGGUUUGGACGUUCGCCAGAAGACUGGAAUAGUGAAGUUCAGAGUGUUGAAUCUGUGAAGAGCCUAAAGCAGCGUCUCAAAGACUCAGGCGAAACAAAAAUGGAUCUCGAACACAACACCGAAGACACCAAUGACAAGAAUCCAGCAACAACAAAUGAACCACAACCUCCUUCGUCUGAUUCUCCCGUUAAAACCAAACCUCCCGUCCAAGAAGACACAAAUCUUCCAAACAGUGCUCCAUCGACAGAGGAAUUAACUGCCGAUGGAUCUGGGACAAAGAUGGAGAUUGGUGCGACAGAAAAUGAAAACGUGCUGUCCAACGUUUCAGAAAAACAGCCUGACGUUUGUGGAAAAGCUCAAGAAUCUGCAGUGGUGCCGAGAGACAAAACCGAGACCGAGGACAAGAAGCAACAAGCAAAAACUGAUAAGAGUGAAAAUGCUGCUAAAUCUAAAGUUGGAAAGGCUGAAGAUGAAAAGCCUCCACCUGCUAAACCAACGAAGACUCUGAUAUCAACCCCCACGGUUAAGCCGUGUAAACCUUUAACUAAUCCUCAAACCGCUGUGAAGGCGCCGUCACAGCUCCAGAAACGCAUAAACCCAAAACCAACGUCGUCUGCUGAAAACCCGGAGACCAAAACUGACAUUUCAGGAAACUCGGGUAGUUCUGCUGCUGUGAAGAAUCCUGCAUCUAAAGUUCCAGCAGCUUCAGCUGAAAUUGACCCAAACACGAAAUCCUCGACAACGGCAGCAAAGUCGGAGCCACUUGGAGCAGCGGCGGCGGCAGCGGCGAUGUCGACCCAAUCGUUUCCUUUGACCCCCGGAGAGAAGCUGCACCAUUUCCUGCCGCCAUUUAAACUCAGUCAGCUUGACAUAAACACCAUCUUGUCUCCAACGAUCUUCUCUCUCCACAUCACCCUGGUCGUCACCAACCUGCCUCGGUGGUUCGACGGCUCCUACGCCGAAACCGAAAUCAUCAACGUCCUUCAGAAGUGUGGAGUUCAGUGCGACGAAAAUGAAAUCUUCGUCGUUCCCCAGUCGCAAAUGGCUUUCCUCAUCAUGCCGAGGGCGGCGGAGGUGCAGCAUUUGUUCAGAGCGACGCCAUGGAGGGAGCUUUUCUUCAAAGGACGAAGACUUGGAUUUCAUGUUGUCACCAGCUCCACACCAAUGACUCUGUUUCGGUUUUAUCGAUAUUUGAUGUCUUUUACCGAUUUUCCGACAUGUCGGAUGAAAUUGGACACAAAAAACGUGCUUUACUUCCCCAACAUUUCAGCAAGUGAAGCCAGAGACCUGAGGGACGCGCUGAGGAAAAUCGGCAGCUUUGUAAACUACCUGCCUCUGCUCAACAGGGUUUUUGUUCACUGUGAAACCCCGGAGGACGCCGAUCGACUCGAAGCUUGGUACAGCUACUGGAGAUGGAGCCGAUCGCACGGCGCUCAGCAGACGGCGCUCAGCGGAUCAGCUCAUGCUUUGCAAAUCUGGGAGAAUAUCUCGAUUGAAACCGGCGUCCCGCGAACAGCAGGCGCCGUUCCAGAGGGAACCAAGGCGCCUUUUUGGAUGACCGUGAAGGAAAGUCCUUAUGUUGUUCACACUGCGUCUCCUUUCUUCAAGGUCCCAGCUUUUCAGACAGUCGACAGGAAGACCUGUGCCAGGAUUUCUGAGCGAGAUUUAAAGUUUGCAGGCAUCAUGUUGACCGGUUUACCAAACGGAAGCUACACACACGAGGAGGUGGCUAUGCUUGUGUGGAGGCAUUUUCCCAAACAGGACCUUCACACACUGUACAACAAUGUUGUGGUUUUACCGCUGCAGAGGAGGGCUUUUGUGAUUUUCAGCAGCAGCUGUGCUUGCAUAAGAUUUCUUAGAGAUCGAAACAGGAAACGAGUUUAUUUCAAAGGCUUCAUUCCAAACAUCCAUUUGCUGUUGGAGGAUCUCGGCCUUGGGUCCAGUGAGGAAUCCAUGUUCAGAGCUUUGAUGAAAUGGAGCAAUAUUCAUGUUCCAGACCUGACGUCUUUGGGGGAGCGGCUGCUCGUCGUGGAGGCUUCAGGGACAAACGAGCAUGUCACCAUGAUGGUUAUGAAAGAAGUGGCAAGCAUCGCUACUUUUGCUAGCUUCCUGCCGCUUUCCAACAGGAUUUACGUUGAGAUGGCCGAGUCCAGCGGGGUCAGAAAAGUGGUGGAGAAGUUGUCUGUUCGCAAAUUAUCUCAACAGCAUGAAGCUUGGAAGCUGGUUGGACGUGUUGAAAGUUUGUUGAGCCGAAAAGAGCGACUGAAGGACUGUGAGAAAAUUGGAGUGAACCUUGAACUCGGCACCAUGAGUGUCAAGCCUGAGGUCGCACCACUGAAGACGGUGGACAAGAAAUCUGCAACAUGCGAUCCUCUGCCAGAGAGAAGCCUGACCACAUCUCACAGAGGAACAGGAUUCCUUCAGAUUUCCAGUGGAAGCAGCAGCAGCUUUAAAAGUUCCUCUUCCUCCAAGCCAACCACAAAAGAAAUGAAAAUCUUUCAUUCAUCGUCUGCAACUAGAGAUAUCCCGAAGUCUAAUAAAGACGACAGGAGCUCUGCCUCAUCAACUGGAAAAAGCAGCUUGAAGCCUAGCGCCACGUCUUUGUCGUUAAAAACACAAAAAGACGCACCUGAGUCUAUGAAACCCCAAACUAAUCAGUCAUCUUCUGCAGGCAGCAGUGAAAUCUUUCCUUCCUCUUCGUCAAAGACUUUUAAGUCUUUAGCAUCUUUAAAUGACAAAGAUCAGCAGAGCAAGAGAGAUGCUCCUCUCAGAGCAUCUCAAACAUCAUCCACAUCCUCAACUCGAAGCACCAGUUCAGCUGCAACAUCUGCAGAAACUCACCAGCCGGAUAAACAUGGAGCUGCACCUACUGCUGCCGCAGUGGCAAAGGCUGACCACAAGGUGUCAGCAGAGAGCGGCACUGCAAAAUCUCAGUUGGGCCCAAGAGUGGCAACGUCAAAUUUGAACCAAGACUGUUUUAAAGCUGAAACACUCAAAGAGGGAACUGAAAGCAAAGAAAAACAGAAGAAUAAUGUGAGGAGUCCUGUGAAGGAAGGAAAUUACCCUCUUGAUUCAAAACAUAUUGCUACCAAAGAGCUUUUGGUUGCAGUUAAAGGGGAAAAUCUUCUGGGAAAAGACGAGGAUUCAAAAGUAAAAUUAGACCAGAGGAUGAAAACUUCUAGCGGUGAAAAGGGAGAGACUUUACCAAUAAAACAGGAAAGCUCGGAUAACAAGUAUGAGACAAAAAUAAAAGAAAGCAGUUCAGAAACUGGAGAGAAGACGGUUUGUAAGGACUCUGUUCCUGAUGAAUCUCCCAUACAUACGUUUAUUAGGAAAACUGACAGAGGAGCCAAUCAAGAUGAAACAAAUCAAGACAAACUGGCCACUGUUGUACCAACAAUCAGUCAAUCAGGGAAAGAUGCUCAUGCUGAACAAAAAGAGAUUAGAAAGGAUGGCCUGGGAGCUUCUGUUCAAGAAGAAAAACCUUUGGUCGAAGACGAAGGUUUGGCAGUAAAACCAGACAACAAAACCAGAGAGUCUGAAUCUGAAGAUGGAGAAAAUCGUGCAAAAGUACAGAGUUUGGAUAAACAACCUGAGACGCGAUCAAAAGACAUCAGUGCAGAGAUGAAGACAGAGGAAAUGGUUUGUAAGGACUCUGUUCAACAUAAAUCUGGCUUAAGAAGAUCUUUCAGACUAACUACUAGAUUAGCCAAUCAAGACGAAACAAAUGAAAACAAAGCAGCCAGAGGAGGAAAACUAACUCAGACCGACUCUUCGGUUGAAAGAAAAGAAGAUAAGACUCCAGCAAGAAGGAGAAAAACCUCUGCCGGGUAUUGUCUACAACAAAAUGAAGAGAAAGUGUCUCCUAAAAACGUCACUUCGAUGACUUGCAACUCCAGAGAGACUCAAGAGGAGGAAAAAGAAGCUGCAACGCCCAGAAGAAGAGGUCGACCCAAGAAGAAAGUCAGACCGGAUCCGAGUGAGUAAACAGGGCUCCAUCUGAUAGAAUCACUGAAACAUGAUGAAACCAGGUCAACUUAUUAUCUUCUGCUGCUGUAUAAUGGCUGCUGGAAAAGAUAAGUGUUUUGUUGUUGACUCACCAUCCAGAAACCACUUGGUGCAAAAAAAGGAAUAUCAGUA